UUUCGUCUUACCUCUGAAUUCUAGAGCACAAUGUUUGGAAAAUCACAACAACAAAAACAUCAGGCACAGUUUUAUUUCAAGAUAGCAAGAUACAAUGCUUCGGUGGGCCCAGUGGUGUGUGCUGAAUCUGGUGAGACUGAUGCUGUGGCUGUUAGCCCUGGCUGUACUGACUGUCCUGCUAGCCCCUGCCCUGCGGUGGAGCCUGACUGGGGGAGACCCAGAGGAGGUGUUGACCAAAAGCCUAUUUUGUUCUAGAGUGUGGACCGGGUGGCAGGAGGGUCUGUCUCUGCUCACCCUGAUCAUAUCCACCCUGCCUGGGAUGGCCGUCCUGGCAGUAAUCUCUCUGUACCGGGCCAACAGGACGGGUCUGGUUAGGACCAUGACGGGUCACAUCAGAGAGCGGUGGGUAGAGUGGACUGGGAGGCUGAACUCAUACCUAUGGGACAUUGAGGAUAUGCUGGAACAGGAGCAGUGCACACCUAUUGGAGUGGGUUGCAGCACCAAGAGCAGACGGGAGUUGGACCACCUGGAUAUGCUUCACAGAGUGGACAAAGGACACCUUGAUGACCAGGACGAGAUGGUCCAGCGUUUCCUAGACAACGGCAUGAAGUUCCGUGGCUACCGCAACUACCUGAUGGACACCAUGAAGAACUGUGAGGCCCUGGUGAAGAAAUGCAGUGCCAGUGUGACAGAGGAGCAGCCUGAGGGAGACCCAGCUCUGCUGGAGCAGUUGAACCUAGUCGCACACAUCCUCCAGCAGGAACAGAAGAACCUGGACAUACAGAUACGCAACUGGACCUGGGACUGAUCUGGUACCGAUGGGCAUUGGGUUGAUGCUUCAGUUAUUUUCAAGCCCUUUAACUAAAUGGAUUGACUAGUCUGAUGUGAUUCACAGCUAGAGCACCAAAUGAUUAAUACAGUAAUGAACUGGAA